GUGGCUGCCGCGGGCGGGCGGCGGGCGGGGGCAUCGCCUGAGACACCGGCGCUGGCUGCUGGGGCCCGGGAACCGACCUCCGGGCCGCCGGGGAGCGCGGGAGCCGCCGAGGGACGGUCGCAGUUGGGAGGCGAGGAAGCGGCUGCGCUGCCUCGCCCGUUAUCUUCUGUGACCUGUGGAACUGUAAGAGUUUCUGAGCAUUAACCUACAGAUGCUUCUGCCAUAUUACCAUCCCCUUGGGCCUGGAAUCUAUUAAGGUAUUUUGUGAGCCCAUAACAAGUGUCUUGAAAUCUGAGGAUUCCACCCAGAUAAUAUGAUAGGUACUCUGAGUGAUUUGGGGCCAUAUCCUACUUAGACUAAUGCGAGACAUCCAGACCUCCUGGGAGCUUCUUACCUGCAGUCCAUUGUGGCACAUGUUAUAAUGCCAUCUCUGCCUCAGGAAGGAGUUAUUCAAGGAACCUCUCCCCUGGAACUGAACACAGAAUUACCUUAUCAGAGCACUAUGAAAAGGAAAGUGAGAAAGAAGAAAAAGAAGGGGGUCAUUACAGCAAAUGUUUCUGGGACAAAGUUUGAAAUUGUUCGUUUAGUCAUCGAUGAAAUGGGAUUUAUGAAAACUCCUGAUGAGGAUGAAACAAGUAACCUCAUAUGGUGUGACUCUGCUGUUCAGCAGGAGAAGAUUUCAGAGCUGCAAAAUUACCAGAGGAUCAACCAUUUUCCAGGAAUGGGAGAGAUCUGUAGAAAGGAUUUCUUAGCAAGAAAUAUGACCAAAAUGAUCAAGACUCGGCCUCUGGAUUAUACUUUUGUUCCUCGAACGUGGAUUUUCCCUGCUGAAUACACACAAUUCCAGAAUUAUGUGAAAGAACUGAAGAAGAAACGGAAACAGAAAACUUUUAUAGUAAAGCCAGCUAAUGGUGCAAUGGGUCAUGGGAUUUCUUUGAUAAGAAAUGGUGAUAAACUUCCAUCUCAGGAUCAUUUAAUUGUUCAAGAAUACAUUGAAAAGCCUUUCCUCAUGGAGGGUUACAAGUUUGACUUACGAAUUUAUAUUCUGGUAACAUCAUGUGAUCCACUAAAAGUCUUUCUCUAUCAUGAUGGACUUGUGCGAAUGGGAACAGAGAAGUACAUCCCACCCAAUGAGUCCAAUUUGACCCAGUUAUACAUGCAUCUGACAAACUACUCAGUGAAUAAGCAUAAUGAGCAUUUUGAACGAGAUGAAACAGAAGACAAAGGCAGCAAACGUUCCAUCAAAUGGUUUACAGAAUUCCUACAAGCAAAUCAACAUGAUGUUGCUAAAUUUUGGAGUGAUAUUUCAGAAUUGGUGGUAAAGACUCUGAUUGUGGCAGAACCUCAUGUCCUGCAUGCAUACCGAAUGUGCAGACCUGGCCAACCCCCAGGAAGUGAAAGUGUCUGCUUUGAAGUGCUGGGAUUUGACAUUUUGCUGGAUAGAAAACUAAAGCCAUGGCUUCUGGAGAUUAACAGAGCCCCAAGCUUUGGAACGGAUCAGAAAAUAGACUACGAUGUCAAAAGGGGAGUGUUGCUCAAUGCAUUGAAACUACUGAACAUCAGGACCAGUGAUAAAAGGAGAAACUUGGCCAAACAAAAAGCUGAGGCUCAAAAGAGACUAUAUGGUCAGAGCACAAUAAGAAAGCCCUUACCUGGUUCUUCAGACUGGGAGUAUCAGAGACACCAAUUGGAGAGGCGGAAAGAAGAGUUGAAAGAGAGACUUGCUCAAGUACGAAAGCAGGUCUCCCGAGAAGAACAUGAAAACCGACACAUGGGAAAUUAUAGACGGAUUUAUCCUCCUGAAGAUAAAUCAUUGCUUGAAAAGUAUGAAAGUUUGUUAGCUGUUGCCUUUCAAACCUUCCUUUCAGGAAGAGCAGCUUCAUUCCAGCGAGAGCUAAACAAUCCUUUGAAAAGAAUGAAGGAGGAAGAUAUUUUGGAUCUUCUGGAACAAUGUGAACUUGAUGAUGAAAAGUUGACGGGAAGAACAACUACGACUAAGCCUCGAGGACCAAAGCCUUUGUGUUCUAUGCCAGAGAGCACUGAGAUAAUGAAAAGACAGAAGUACUGUAGCAGUGACAGCAGUUACGAUAGCAGCCACAGCUCUUCAGAAUCAGAAGAGAAUGAAAAAGAAGAGUAUCAAGAUAAGAAAAGAGAAAAUCAAGUUUCAUACAGUUUUAAGCUCUCUAACCACUGCAGAUUAAUUCAACAAUCCAGUACCAUGAGGCGUUCAGUCAGCUGCCCUCGGUCCAUCUCUACUCACUCAUCUUCCAGUGGGGACACUCGCCCCCUUUCUGCUCAACAGGUGGUAUCAGUGUCACGACCAACUUCAGCAUCUCGGUCUCAUUCCUUAAACCGUGCUUCUUCCUAUGUGAGACAGCUGCCUCACAGUAACGAUGCGGUUUCUACCAGCUCACAGGCGAGUGAGUCUUUGCGGCAACUGAAAACGAAGGAACAAGAAGAUGAUCUAACGAGUCAGACCUUAUUUGUUCUCAAGGACAUGAAGAUCCGGUUUCCAGGAAAGUCAGAUGCAGAAUCAGAACUUCUAAUAGAAGAUAUUAUCGAUAAUUGGAAGCAUCAUAAAACAAAAGUGGCUUCCUACUGGCUCAUAAAAUUGGACUCUGGAAAACAACGGAAAGUUUUGGACAUAGUAAAAUCAAGUGUCCGUGCUGUUCUUCCUCGAAUCUGGAAGGUACCUGAUGUUGAGGAAGUGAGUUUAUAUCGGAUUUUCAACCGGGUUUUCAAUCGCUUGCUCUGGAGUCAUGGCCAAGGGCUGUGGAGCUGCUUCUGUGAUUCGGGAUCCUCUUGGGAGAGUAUAUUCAGUAAAAGCCCGGAGGUGGUGACUCCUUUACAGCUCCAGUGUUGCCAGCGCCUGGUUGAGCUCUGCAAACAGUGCCUGCUAGUGGUUUACAAGUACACGAUGGACACAAGAGGAUCAUUGUCAGGCUUUGGUCUUGACUGGGGAAGUUCCAGGUAUUUGCUACCAGGAAGUACCCAAUACUUCAUGAGAACACCAAGCUACCACAUGAGAUACAGUUCAUCUGGAAUGACUCGCUCCAAUGCAUUGUUUACACCUCGAUAUGGCCAUUUUUUAAACUGAAAGGAAGAUUGCCAUGAGUUAGGCAUAAUAGCAAUUCUUUAUUUUCUUAAGUUGAACAUGCAAAGAAAGUGACCAUUAAGUGCUGUUUUAUGUAUAUAUGACAUAUCUGUAUAAAAAUGCACACACACAUGCACCCCAAUAACAUAUAUUUAUUAUAAUAUAUGAAAGAAUAAUUAGGAGAAAACAUAGUAUAUAAAACCUAAUCUCUGGAAAUGUAAUAAACCACGUUAAAAUUGUUUACACAAAUAUGUGAAUGUCUAGAAUUUGCUAGGUUUAUAAUUAAUCCCUUCCUACUAGAAAUGUUAUUUUUGCUGCAGAGUAUAUGAAAUAGAAUUGACCUUUAAGAUCCAAUUACAACAUUCAAGUAUUUUCUAGAUAACAUUACUUUUGACUUGAAAAACAACUGGUAAUAUAAUAUCUUAUUAGUUCCCUUCCUUAGAGUCUCCAUUUAAAAUGAAACACAAAAGAUUUAGAAGAUUUAGAAGCCUGGUGUUGCUUGAUGGUAAUAUUAAGUAUAAAAUGGGUUUAUCAUUAUUAUACCACACUGUAAAGUACUAGGUAAUAUCCCAAACUGAUCCUCCAAAAUUUUCAUGUGGAAAUUUAGCUACUCAUAACAAUGUAUAUUUUCAGUGAGUAUCUAUUAAGAUCGUAUGCUUAUCUCAAAUGGAAGACAAUCUAGAUGGUGAAAAACGAUGUGCAAAAGUAGCUUUUAUUUCUACUUAUCAUAGUAAGUCAAGCCAAGCAACGGCGAUCACAGAAUCUUUCUAUAUGACUUUUGUGUCUCAUACCACUUGUUUUUAUUUGUGAAAUAUACCUUUCAUAGAUUUGAGUUUCUUAAUUGAGACCAAUUUCCAUUGCAAAGUGUAAUAACAGUAGUAUCUCAUUUGAAUGUAGAAAAUAAUCUACAUGUUUGGGGAAAUAAAAGAUUAUAGUGUCUUUGUAUUACUGGCCAUUGAUACAUCCUGAGUUGGUUUUUCUUUUUCCUUUAUAAGUCAAAGUAUAGUAUGAAGUUUUCUUCCUGCCUCACACUUCUUUGCAUCUGUUUCAUUGCAGUUUAUUUACUUUUUUUUGCUUGCAAUUCCAAAACCACUGAAUGAGCUCUCAGUUUUUUAGAAAAAAUACAAAUUGCACUGUUAUUGAUUGAACUCCUCAGAACAUACCGUAUUUACUUCAACUUCUUUUCCUAGUGGUUUUUCUUCUAGAUGCUAAUCAUUUGCAAAUUUCAUUCAUGUUUGCCCCUGUUGAAUAUUCUAAAAGCUCUUUCUAGUAAACCAGAAAGUAAUCCCAAAGAAGAAGGGUUACUGAGAGAGCAAAAUUAUUCUGGGUUAGGUCACAGGCUAGAUACUUCUUAACCCAAAGUUGUAAGCUAUGUAUACUUUGCCUUUUAAAUCAUCUUCUGGAUGUACAGCCAAAAGAAUACAUUUAUUUCUUAACUUAAUUGCUUGUGAUUUGAUUCUUUAUGACUGCUGACGUCUGUGUUCCAAUGGAGACUUUCUUUACUGGUGUACCUCGACUGUCUGUAGUCUCAGUGAAAGAAAGUCAUCUAUCAGGACCAAGAAAAUCAGCAUCAGUUUUAGGGGUCUAUUUUGAAACUACUUAUAUAUUUUAUAGAUUUCUUAGGAUGAAAAAAAUCUAAAAUGGGACAUUACAAAGUCAUGGAAAGAAUGGUCAACAAGUAAGGCAUUUUUUUUGAAGUAUUUUUACUUCUUUUAAAUUCAUGAUGUGAUCAUGGAGGAUCAUGGAGUGAUCCUUCCUAAGGAACACAACUUAGUGUGUUGGCCAUUCCUUGCUUUAGCCUUAACUCACGAUUGUAACUUCUGCCUUUAACAGUGCAAGAAAAAUUAUUUUUGCUUUCAUUUAAAACAAAACGUUAGAAUGCUCAAAACUGGGAGAAAUUCUCCCUUACACACACACACACACACACACACACACACACACACACACACACACACACAGAGCUAAGAAAAACAUGUAUAUGUCUGCAACUAUCCAGCUAUUUGAUGAACAAAUUUUAUUUACUUUCUAUUUAUGUUGGACCUUAUUUUAAGCAAUAGAAUUCUUUUGCCCACAUUUGCCUAUUUAUACUGAUCUAGUUUGCUAUGAUGAAGUUGUGAAUAAAAGCCAUGUGUUUAUUAUUUAUAAAUACUACGGGUAGGCUGUGGCCUAUGGCUGUUAUAGUGCCAUUCUCUAAUGAACAACUAAGAGAAGACAUAGUAGUGAGCCAUGGAAGUCUCCAAAGGCCUUGGAAGUGUUUUAGAGAUACAAAACAUUCCAUACUGUGUAUGUGUGUGUGUGUGUGUGUGUGUGUGUGUGUGUAUGUGUAUACAUAUACACGCAUAUUAUCCAUAGGGUUAAAACAAACAUUAUCAGAAUAAAUGAUAGGACAAGUCUCUCUCCUAGGAGAGAAAGAGCUUGAUUUGAAAAACUCCAGUAGUUACUUAAUUUCACCUGGGGUUUCUGAAGAGCAUUUGGUUUAACUGGAAUGAAAAACUAUUUUCAUUCUGUUAUGCAAAAACAUACCCCUGCUCUUUUGAUAGAUCUUAAGACUGGAAUGAUUCUAAAUGUUUAAGCCUGAAAUCAUUUCCUUGAAUUGUCUAAGAAAAACAACUUUUUACUUUAAAUCAUCACCUACAAACAUAGUAUGAGGCUGCAGACUAGAUUUUCAGUGAACAAUCCAGUCUUGUGGAUGAGUUACCAUUUGUUUCUGUAAUUUGUUGAAGGUCCUGUUGUAAUUCGGAUUUGGAUUGAUUUUAUUUGAAACAAUUUUAUUUAAUAGUACAUUUACUUUAAAUGUUCAAAAUUUCAAUUGUAAUAGGAUCAAAUAUGGAAAUAGCAAUGGUAACCUCCAUCUAGGAUAUACUUAAAUAUCCCUAUAAUCUGAAAAAAUGUAUAAACAUUUAUCAUAGGACUAAUUAGACCCAAGUACACAGAAGUUACCAUUAAUUCUUUUUCCUUAGAAUAAGAACCCAAGCCUGCUCAAACAUUGUUUUAUUUCACCUAAUAUUUUUGCACAAGUAGAUACAUAUAGGUCUAAAGAAGAUUUUGUUUCAAUUUUCUUUUUUUUCUAUAUUGGAAAGUAACUUAAUAUGGAAUUCUGCCAAUUUGAGAUUUCAGAUUUUUAAAAAUUAGUUAAUGCCAAUGUUUUCUUCUUUAACAUUUCAAACUCAUUCUGUGUAAAAGAAUCUAAACAAAUACAAAAUACUCUACUUCUUCAAGAGUACCAAAACCUAACAGAUUCAUAUUGUUAACUAUUUAACUUUCUGUAAAGCACUGAUUUAUUCUUAAAUGUGUAUUCUUUUUAAAAUAUUAGGAAAUACCUCGAGUGAAAAAAUGCUUUCCUUUUCUGUUCUGUAAUGCUAAUUUACAUUAUGAAUCUUAGUUUACUUGGUUAUAAUAGUUAAACAAUAACAAAAAAGUGUAACUAUACAAUUUAUUGUGCUCCUCUUAUCUGGUGAUUUUUAAAUAUUUGCUUUUCUUUUAAUAUUAAGAAAUGUAAGUUUUCAAGGGUUAUAUUAUAUAAAUAUUAAUUACUAGAUAUAUAAAUAUUUUGGACUAAUGUCUUGUAAAUAAAUUUAAAAUUUAGAAAUAUAUUCAUGGAGAAAACUUUUUCCUUAUGCUGCUUUUUUUGUUUCCCUCUUUUUUUCUUUUCCUUUUUAAAAUUCUCUUUGAAGCUUUUUUGCAUGGACAAAGUCAAGACAGAUGAAUUUCUGCAUUUUAAACAUUGAUUUUCUUUGAAUUUAUGUUUGUAUAAUUUUGCCUGAGCAACAAUAAAACCUAGAUAAAA